AGCCGCGAGCCAGGAGCCGGCGCGCGGGAGAGAACGCGCCCGGGGCGGGGGCCCGCCCGCCCCCUCGGGAUUUCGGGGGGCCGGGGGCGCGCGACGCCAUGGGCCGGCCGGGCCCGAACCCCCUCUCUCUCAGCCUGGCCGCUCCACCUCGGUCUCCGCCAUGAACGGGCCCACCCUGCAGUCCUCCUCGGCCUCGUCUGCGUCCUCGGCCUCCACCUCGGCGGCGGCCGCCCCGUCCCCGCGGGGCUGGAGCGAGUUCUGCGAGCUGCACGCGGUGGCCGCGGCCCGGGAGCUGGCCCGGCAGUACUGGCUCUUCGCCCGCGAGCACCCGCACCACGCGCCGCUGCGCGCCGAGCUCGUGUCGCUGCAGUUCACCGACCUCUUCCAGCGCUACUUCUGCCGCGAAGUGCGCGAGGGCCGGGCGCCCGGGCCGCCGGCACCCCGGGCCGCCCCCGCCGCCCCCGUGCGCGACUACCGUGAGACGGGCCGCGGGUCCCCGGCCAAGGCCGAGGCGGCCCCCGCCGAGCCGGGCGCCAGCUCCGCCGCCCCCGCCCCCGGCCUGCCCAAGGCCCGCAGCUCCGAGGAGCUGGCCCCGCCGCGGCCGGCCGCCGCCUGCUCGUUCCAGCACCUGCGCCACAGCCUGCGCCACAUCUUCCGCCACCGCUCGGCCGGCGAGCUGCCCGCGGGCCCCGUCGCCACCAACGGGGAGGCCGGCGAGGCCCCGGCCAGGCCCGGCCUGGCCAGGAAGCUCCUGCCCUGGAGCCUGGCCCGGGAGCCGCCGCCCGAGGCCCUCAAGGAGGCGACGCUGCGGUACAGCCUGGCCGACGAGGCCUCCAUGGACAGCGGGGCGCGCUGGCAGCGGGGGCGGCUGGCGCUGCGGCGCGCGGGCCCCGACGGCGCAGACCGCCUGCUCGAGCUCUUCGACCCGCCCAAGAGUUCAAAGUCCAAGCUACAAGCAGCCUGCUCCAGUAUCCAGGAGAUCCGGCGAUGCACACGUCUUGAGAUGCCUGACAACCUGUACACUUUUGUGCUAAAGGUGAAGGACCGGACAGACAUCAUCUUUGAGGUGGGAGAUGAACAGCAGUUGAAUUCAUGGAUGGCUGAGCUCCAGGCAUGCACAGGCCAAGGACUCGAGACCACAGACCCAGAGCCGCACUUUCCCUCAGCCACAGAACCUGGCAUGGCUGACUCUCCAAGGGGAAGCACAGAUUCCUUGAACCAAGGUGCUUCUCCUGGGGUGCUGCUGGAUCCAGCCUGCCAGAAAACAGAUCACUUCCUGUCCUGCUACCCCUGGUUCCACGGUCCCAUCUCCCGGGUGAAGGCGGCUCAGCUGGUCCAGCUGCAAGGUCCUGAUGCUCACGGAGUGUUCCUGGUGCGGCAAAGCGAGACGCGGCGCGGGGAGUAUGUGCUCACGUUCAACUUCCAGGGCAUUGCCAAGCACCUGCGCCUGUCGCUGACCGAGCGGGGCCAGUGCCGAGUGCAGCACCUCCACUUCCCCUCCGUUGUGGACAUGCUCCACCACUUCCAGCGCUCGCCCAUCCCCCUUGAGUGCGGGGCUGCCUGUGACGUCCGGCUGUCCAGCUACGUGGUCGUCGUCUCCCAGCCACCAGGUGUGACCCUGAUGCCCCUUGAUAAAGGGGGUGGGGACCGAGACCUCCUGUUGUGUCCUUCCAGCACCUGCCUCCGCCCUGAUAAGACUGACGGUGUGGUCUCUCUCUCGGUCGCUUGUCCCCCAGGUUCCUCCAACACUGUUCUGUUCCCUUUCUCCCUCUCUCGCUGGGAUUCAGAGCUGGGCCUUCCCCACCUUAGCACUUCUGGCUGUCCACAGGGGCUUGGCCCAGAGGGUCUUCCAGGCCGAUCCUCUCCCCCAGAGCAGAUCUUCCACCUGGUGCCUUCACCCGAGGAACUGGCCAACAGCCUGCGGCACCUGGAGCCCGAACCCGCCAGUCGAGCCCGGGACUCGGACUACGAAAUGGACUCCUCCUCCCGGAGCCGCCUACGGGCCAUAGACAAUCAGUACACGCCUCUCUGAUGGGCCUCACGCUGCCCGGAGGAGCACAAGCAAACAGAGAUGUGAACUUGUGAAUGUAACUUUCUUUCCUUCCUUCCAGAGAGAGAUUCAAGGGACACUUUAACUGCUCAUUCCAGUUUGGAUGUGACCCUUCUAUUAGGCCUGUUAAAGGGCCUCCUAUAAGUUCCAUUCUUAUCUGGCUUUCUUCUUAUUGUUUACAGAUGUAGUUCUUAUUCGCAGAUGUCCCUAGGACCAGGCCCCAUCACUCUUGAGAGGUGGCAGGGGGACGGGGAGGGCCGGAGUUGGCAGUGGAAACUUGUUCUCUUUUUCACUGACACUGUCUGUCUCAGCUGACAGACUUUCUACUUGGGGAGGGGGCCCAUCAGGAAGCCCAAAACACUAACAAGCCCUGGAUUCUCCCGUGGUUUUUCUCACUGUAGCUUUAGUCCAUGUGGUAGAUCUGCUGUACCCAAGCCACAGGUGACCACACCUAUCCUGCUUCGACUCUCAGCUUUAGGACAAAGUUCUGGCAGAUGGACAAGCUAAAGGUCAAAAAUGAUUUUAAACAUUUUUACCUCAGAUUAAUUUUUCAAAGAAUUCAGGUUUCAAAAUUAAACCAUUGCUUAUUUCAUUGCACUGUUUGAACUAAUACCCACACAAUUUUUAUAGUCAGA